CGCCCCGCCCCGGCCGCGCUCCACGCCGGGACCGGAAGCGGCGGCCGCGUGGCGGAGGCAACAUGGCGGCCCCCGGGAGGCGGAAGCUGGCAGAGCUGAGUGUGGACGAGUUCCUCACUGCUGGCUCGGACUCGGAGCAUGACGGCGGCUGGGAGGAGGAGGAGGAGAAGGAGGAAGGCAGCCGGGCCCUUAACGGCGCCGCGAGGCAGAGGAGGCCGAGCGGGAAGGCGGCCCGGGGGCCACAGGCACGGCCGGGCAGCAGGAAGAAGGGAAAGGUGUCUGAGCACAAGGAUCAGCUCUCCAGGCUGAAGGACAGAGACCCCGAGUUUUACAAGUUUCUGGAGCAGAACGACCGCAAGCUGCUGGACUUUGAUGCCUCAGACAGCUCAGAGGAGGAGGAGGCUCUGCACAGACCCCCUGAUACCCUCGAGGAAGCCAGUGAUGAGGAUGAAGAUGAUGACGAUGAAGAACAAGGAAAAGUUAAGAGGAAGAAAGUUUCCUUCAUCCCUGUGAGCUUGAAGAUGGUGGAGGAGUGGAAGAAAGCUGCCCAGAGGAAUCUCACCCCAAAACUCUUCCAUGAGAUCACCCAAGCCUACAAGGCAGCUGUGGCCACCACCAGAGGUGACAGUGGGGGUGACCCCAGCAAGUUCCAGGUGACUGACACUGCAGUGUUCAACGCCCUGGUGUCCUUCUGUAUCCGGGACCUGUUCCAGCACCUGCACAAGCUGCUGCUCCCCAAAGCCCCCAAGAACAAGCUCAAAAUGGUUCUCCCUUCCACCAGCCCCCUCUGGGGAAAGCUACGACUGGACAUCAAAGUUUAUCUUGGCUGUACCAUACAACUGCUGGCGUGCCUGACAGAGGCCUCAGUGGGAGCAGCAGUCCUGCAGCACGUGAACUGCACAGUGCCCUAUUACCUGUCCUUCCCAAAGCAGUGCCGGGCCCUGCUCAAGCAAACCAUCACUCUGUGGAGCACAGGGGAGGAGACAGUCAGGGUCCUGGCCUUCCUGGUGCUGAACAAGAUCUGCAGGUACAAGAAGGAGCUUUACCUCAGCCCCCUGAUCAAGCAAAUGUACAUUGCCUUUGUGAAGAACUCCAGGUUCACCUCUCCCAACGUGCUGCCCAUGAUCAACUUCAUGCAGCGCACGCUGACGGAGGUGCUGGCCCUGGACAGCCCCAGCUCCUACCAGCACAGCUUCAUCUACAUCCGCCAGCUGGCCAUCCACCUGCGCAGCGCCAUGACCCUCAGGAAGAAGGAGAACUUCCAGUCAGUCUAUAACUGGCAGUACAUCCACUGCCUGUACUUCUGGUGUCGAGUUCUCAGCACCAUCCACCCCAGUGAGGUCAUGGAGCCCCUCAUCUACCCCCUGACACAGGUCAUUAUUGGCUGCAUCAAGCUGGUGCCAACGUCUCGGUUCUACCCCCUGCGCAUGCACUGCAUCCGUGCCCUCACCCUGCUGUCCCAGAGCACCAGGACCUUCAUCCCCGUGCUGCCCUUCAUCCUGGAGGUUUUCCAACAAGUGGAUUUCAACAAGAAGCCAGGACGGAUGAGUUCCAAGCCCAUCAACUUCGCUGUGAUCCUGAAGCUCUCCAAUGCCAACCUGCAGGAAAAGGCCUUCAGGGAUGGGCUCAUUGACCAGCUCUAUGACCUGCUGCUGGAAUAUCUCCAUGGCCAAGCCCACAGCAUUGGCUUUCCAGAGCUGGUUCUCCCCACUGUCAUCCAGCUGAAAUCCUUCCUGAAGGAGUGCAAGGUGGCCAACUACUGCAGGCCCAUGCGGCAGCUGCUGGAGAAGCUGCAGGAGAACUCGGCCCACAUCUGCAGCAGGAGGCAGCGAGCGGCCUUCGGUGUGGCCAGCACUGCAGCCGUGGAGCAGUGGGAGAAGCAGGUGAAGGAGGAGGGCACGCCCCUGAGCAAGUACUACACGCAGUGGAAGAAGCUGAGGGAGAAGGAGAUCCAGCUGGAAAUCAGUGGCAAGGAGAGGCUUGAAGACUUGAACUUCCCAGAAAUCAAACGCAGGAAGCAGGAUGAGAGGAAGGAGGAGGAUAAGAAGGAAUUCAAGGAUCUCUUCGAGCUGGACAGUGAUUCUGAGGAGGAGAGGGGUGGAUUCUCUGUGAAAGGCCCGAAACCCUCAGGGAGAGGCAGAGCCUCGGACGACAGCGCAGAGGAGAGCAGCGAGUUCGGGGAGGAGGAGGAGGAUGGAGAAGGGAGGUACGAGGUGGAGGAGGACGAGGAAGAACUGGAAGAGGACAGCGACUCAGAGGCCGAGGAAGCAGCCCAGGAUUCCCGGGAGAGCUGGAGCUGCCCCCGGGGCCUGUCUCGCUCCGACCUGGAGCAGCUGGCGCAGGGCGGCGACGACGUGGUGCAGGACCUGCAGGUUUCUGACGAGGACUGAGCCCUGCAGCCCCUCUGCAGCACCUGGAGCUGCUCAGCCAGGACACACAGGUGGGACCAGGAGCCACCCAGGACCUGCUCACUGGCACAGCUUGGACUCCUCCAGCUUUUUCUGCCCCUUCUGGUUUUGGUACCAAUAAACCCCCAGGCCAGGUCAAUAGCCCAGGGUUCACCCCCAGCUCCUGCUGAGUGAGCAGAGCAAGGGCAGGCCGAGGGUUCUGUCCAGAUUUGGCUCUGGGGCCUCACCAGACCCUCCCUGGUGCCCUGCAGGACUGCAGAGGCUCUGCCAGGGCGGUGCAGCUUCCCCGGCAGCCUUGAGCAGUUCAACCUGCUCCACGUGUGCUGCAGAAGGAAACUUUAAAUUAAAGUUUCUUGGGUUGGGCACGUGCAGGCAUGAAUGAAUAAAGAAAGGCAAAAUUGGUAAUGCAGGAAGCACUGCCCAGGUGAGAACUGCACCUCCUUAACUGUAAAGAAAAGUUUUCACUUACCUGCUCUUCCCAAAGAGAGAGGAAUUCCCUUUUUCUCCUGGCUCUACCUUAGCUGGGCAAGGUGCUGGCUGCCUUCUGCCAGCUGGGAACCAACCCUGGGCUGUAUUCCAGGCACAAAAGGAAGGCCAGAGACUGCUUGGGUCAAGCCAGGUACCAUUUGUAAAUUAAGUGUUUUUCUUUUUUAUUUAAAUUGAUUGCUGGAAAGCAUUUGUAUCGUGAUGUGAUGGUUAAUGAAUUUUUUUCCCUUUUUUUUUUUUUUACAAUAUAAAGAAGCUAAAGUACCACCAAAGCUAUUCUGUAAGAAAAACGGCAGCACGUGCAACGUUUAAACAAAAAAACAAACCCAAAAAUAAAAAGGGGUUGGGGAGGGGGGAGAAGAGACAAAAGUACCACAUGUGAUUGUUGCUCACAACUGUACAAGUCACAGGAGGGGUCACCCCAGGAGUUCCCAGCUCAUUCACAGUAGUAAAACUCUGCCCGUGGUUCCAGCAGAACAUCACCUCUGGAGCACGGCUCAAAAUCCCCCCGGGCCCCUCCUGCCCCCAGCAAACCAAACAUCCGGGGCAAAUCCAGCGGGGCAGGGCCGGGUCCCCUCUGUGCCCGCUGCUGUGCCCGCCCCGUGCCAGGCCAGGGUGGCUCUGUACCAUCCGCACCAGUAAACAUGGACGGGAACUUG